GGGGAGGUGUCUUAAUCUUUCACUGGGACAGGAUGUUUGCAUUGAUAAGAAAAGCAGGUCAUGCUACGACUCCUGAAGGCUUUAAACGUGAGAAUUGUCCUACAGGCAUCAUAGCAGCUAAAUGCCUUAAAAGGACAAGAGGUGAAGCAGAGUUUUUACAGGUGGAUUACGUUGGCUCCACUCCUCUCCGACCACAGACCACUUCAAUCCAAGCCUCUUAACUUUUCUACUGAUGGAAGGAGAAUAAAACAACAACAACCUUCUGCUGGUGUUUCCUCGCUGGGUGAGGCAGAGAGAGAGAGAGAGAGAGAGAGAGAGAGAGAGAGAGAGAGAGAGAGGGAGUGCACAGACAUGAGCCAAUAAACUAGAUUUCCUUCACGCUGCCAGGCUUCUAUGUGAUCAGUCUGAGGGUUUCCGUGGAAACUCUGGGUGGAGGUCGUCGAAGGCCCCCGUCAACAAACUUAUGAGGUUUUAAAACAGGGUGGGGGAGCAGACUCCUUGGAAUUUACCCCAGUAUGUGUGUGUGUGUGUGUGUGUGUGUGUGUGUGUGUGUGUGUGUGUGUGUGUGUUUGUGUGUGUGAGGCAAUGAGCCACAGCUCUGUUGUUGGGGAGUACGGUGGAACGUAACCAUGACGAUAACACAACCUCAGAGGGUGACUCAGGCUGUGUAAUGUGGCCUGAAAUAUUAUGAUGCAAAAGUCUGAGCGCUGUUUUAUUCCCCGUUUAAUUACAAAUGUUAAUAUACAGUUUUUAUUCCUCAGAGACCUCAUGUGGAAUUUUUAAUUAAUUCUGUUGGUCUCACUGGACCUAAAAAAGAUUAACAUGAAACAGGAAAGUACAGAGAGUAAAGUGAGAAAUAAUGGAAUAUACUGUUAUAAAAUAAAAUGAAGUGAGAAGGACUCAAUAGAAUAAAAAGGAAUAAUAAAAACAGGAUUAUUACAGAGGGAAUGGAAUAACAGAACUGUGUUAAAUAGAAUAGAAACAGAGAGGGACAGGAUAGAGUGAAACUGAGAAGAGUGAAGAGAAUAAACUAGAAUGGAGAAGAAACAAGAGAGGUGAAGAAGGAGCAAAGAAAAGAAGAAUUAAAAAGGAGAAUUUAAAAAAAUCAUAAAUCAAAGGAAUGUGAGGGAAAAUAAAGAGUGGGACAAAUAAGUAAGAUAUGAUGGGAUGAAAUGAAAGAAUAGUCGAGGUUACAAUAAAUUUAUUAGAAUAUAAUUUAAGAGCAUCGAGUGAAUCAUGAAAACAAACCUGAAUGAAAAGGUAAUGUUUAUAUUGGAAUAGAGAAGUGUGGAAUAAAGUGUAACAGAAAAUAGAAAUGGAGUAAAACAGAAUGAACAGAAGAGGAAUAGAAUAGAUGACACUUUAAUAGAAUCAGAUGAAUGAAAUUAGAAUAUAAUUUAUAAUGGAUUAGCUUUCGGAGUAAAUCUGAUGGAGUCAAACAGAAAAGGAUAAAACAUGAUAAUAAAAUAACAUGAAUGGAUUUUAGAAGGAUAGAAUGAAGGGAGUGAAAUAAAGUGAGUUUUGUGGAAUAAGAGGUGAAGCAGAGAGGGAUGGUUGGUCAGGAGAAGACAAUGAUUGGUCAGGAGAAGACGAUAAUGGAUUAAAAUUUAAUUAUAUAAAAAUUAAAUUUGGUGAAAAAUCUGACAUGGAUCAGAAAACACUGAAGGUCAGUGGAGAACAUGAGGAGGGGGGGGGGCUCAGAGCAGGAAAAGACCCUUUUUCCAGGACACGCCCAUCAUGGUCAUGUUUCUACUUCUCUGCUGUUACAACAUGAGGAGAUGUCUCCACCUUACAGCAGAAGACUGAGUCCUCUGGACCUCAGGAGCUUCAUCAUCCAGGAGGUUCAUGUUCCUCAGAGGAUGAACCUCGAACACUGAUCAGUCUGGUGUCAUCUUCAGUCUCUCUCUUUGUUCACACUGACAGUCUCUGAGGUUGUUUUGGAGCCCAGCGUGGACACCAUCAAGUAGAUAACUGUGUGAGAGGGAUUUCCUGUACGGCCCUUUCAAAAUAAAAUCCAUUAGAGGACUGUUAAAAAGUUCUGCUUUUAGAUUGUUUUUACAUCAAACUCGAGUUAACAGUUAAAAAAGACGAUGCACAGACCUCUGAGGUGUUAGUUUACUGAGGAGUGAGCUGUUUAAUGAUUAGUUAAUGAGGUUUUCACAGAUACACUGCUGUUUCUCUCAUGAGUAUUUAUGUUUAAGUUGUUUUUACAGCCACUUCACAGAGUCCUCAGGCUCUGGUCCAUGAAUGAACCUUUAAACAGAUCUUAAUAAGUCCAUGAUUUCAUGUUUCUUCUCUAUGUUGAACUGUGAAGAACAUUUUAAAUGGGUUUCUUUGUCUAUGGAAGGAAUUAAAAACAUGAUUAGUUACAUUUUUAACAUAAUAAUUAAUGUUAUAUAUUGAGAGCAAACUUCCUGUUUAUCUGCAUUUUUCAUAACUUUAUUUAUUUAAGCAUCUUCUGUAGAUUAGAUCAUAUAAAUAUGACUCUGAAGUUUCUUUAUCUUUGAGUUUUUCUCUGUUUGUGUUUAUGCUGCUGAAAUGUUAGAAUAUCUCCUCCUGAUGGACGAUUAAAGGACCGUCUUCUCUUAUAAACCUGUUUAAACCUUUAACUAAAGCGUUCAUGAUAACACUGAAGGAAACAGUUCAUGUUGAUGCAUCAACACAAUGAAAUAUUCUCUAUGAGAGACUUUAUCUUAAAGGUUUAAUAAAGUCAUUUAUCAUCAUAUUUAUGAUCGAGUAUAAGACACUUGUAAUUUGAAGGAGCUGCUGUGUUCCGGUCCAUCUGGGUGUUGAGGAGAUCUUGACGGUCCUGGUCUGAGUUAGUCCGGCGGAGACCUGAGGGGAGGAUCAGAGCUGAACCGGCCGGCAGAGAACCAAGAACUCAGGUGUUCAGAUCACUGCAGGUCAGCUGGGAUUACAAGAGUCCGGAUCUAGGUCGGGAUCCGCAUCCGAGUGUCCUCCUGAAACCAGCAUGGAGGUUUUUCUGAAGACCUGUGGACUAAAGAGGGUCCGAACUCUGCUGGUCCUGUCCCUGCUGGUCCUGAAGGCUGCAGGUCAGUGUGUGUGUGUGUGUGUGUGUGUGUGUGUGUGUGUGUGUGUGUGUGUGUGUGUGUGUCUGGAUUAUUAGAUAAUAAUAUUUAUCAAUGUCACGUGACGGCGCGAGCCCGAUUAGAAACGGCGUAAAGUGAACGAAGUUAAAGUGAUCAAGUUUUUAUUUAUUUCUGCCUCCAAAUCAACUUUAAAGAUUUAAAAUAUUAAAACAGUAAAAUAAUAAUAAUAAUAAUAAUAAUAAUGAUAAUCCGGUUAAAACACUUCCAGAUGAUUUCAGACUGAAGGCGAAAUAAUGAGAGUAAAUGUGACAUCAGUUUGAGGAUUAAAAAUUUAGUUUAGCUUCAGAGACAACAGCUCGGGGUCAGGGGUGCACUUAAGUUCACUCUUAGUUAGUUAGUUAGUUAGUUAGUUAGUUUGUUAGUUAGUUUGUUAGUCAGUCAGUCAGUUAGUUAGUUUGUUUGCCACAUAAAGAAGAUAGAAAGGCAUAUGUGUGAAUAGGGGUAAGUUGAGCCACCCCCUGUUGCUUAGAAAUGGUCAAAGAAAUUGAUCAUGUGACCAAAAUUUAGGCGAUGGUCAUCAAUUCAUGGAGUCUGUGAAGGUUUGAAGCUCAUGGGCGAAGAAGAGGUUAGAGAUUUAUUUACAAAAACAACAUUUUUCUUCCCUCUGUGAAGUAAAUUUAGUCUUUAGUCAUCAGUUUGAUUAGAAAAAAAAGAAUUUUAAAUUAGUUUUAUCGAUCAAUCAUGGUAUCUAUCAGCUCCAACAUGAGGUCAAAAACAGUCCACCAUUUUAUCUUGGAGGACUAAUAAAGUCAUCAUAGUAGUUCAGGGGGAACAGAGGAAGUAAAGGAGUCUGAGGAGAGGAUCAGAGUUUACAGAUCUAUGGAUGUUCUCAGUAAAGACAUUCUCAUCUUCAAGUGGUUUUUUUUACUAAACAGCUUUUAUCAGUUAUAUGUAAUAAUAAUAAAAAGAAUGAUUGUACCAGCUGAAUAGAGUAUAAUAGAUAAAAAAAAAAGGUGGUCAACUUACCCCAAACACACCCGGGGUAAGUUGACCAUAGGAGACCCUUUUUUUGUCCUGCUAUAUUCUGAAGAUGACAGUUCUGUUUACUCUCAUUCUGAUGAAGAACAUCCUGAAAUAUCUGCAGAGACACAAGUCAGAGACUAAACUAGGACUGACCUGAUGGACUGAUCCAGAAACAUGGAUCAUCUUAACCCGCUCUCCCCUAAAUCAAACUCAUACCCACGUAGUUAAUGUAUCACAGAAUCAAAACAAACAUAAUAAUAAUAUCACUUUAGUUCAGUGUGAUAAAAUAGAGUAGUUUUAUUGGGGCGUUUAGCUCAGGUUAGUCGAUGGUUUCGUUGAUAAACUGCCUCUUAUUGAGUUUCCUUCUUCCUCCUUUUCUUUUGUCGAAGAACUUCAACAUUUUUCACUCAGAGCUUGAACUUUGACCUCAGUAUUGGGUCCUAUGAUAACAUUAUUCAGAUGCCGUAAAUAAACUGACCACCCAGAGAAACAGACAGUAAAGACUCAUGGUUAUUUUUCCUUGUUUUCCAUGAGAUGUUCCAGGAAACCUUUAAUGACAUGAAUCAUGUACCUGAGUUCACUCUCCUGGAUAUUUCAGAGCUGCUGCUGCUGGGAAUCCGUCGGUGAUAAGACGGCUGUAUUACCUUUAAACACAUAAACAGUCGACUUACCUUUGAAUUAAGCCUUUUGUUAAAUGAGCUUAGUUGUGAUGAACCAAUGUCUCCAAAGCCUGAAUAACUUGGUACUGAUAAAGUUAUGACCUCUGAACUGGACUAAAAUCCACCCAGAAGGAACGUCAGGUCAACGUUUUUGAGGUUUGACUAAAUUAGACCAAAUUCCUGGUCAUGACUUUUGAACAUGAUCGCAGAUUUAUUCACUUAAACUCAACAACGUUUCCGUCUGCAGAUUUCACGCUCUGAAUUUCUGUUCUUGGUGUUUUUAAUUUUUAUAAACAGCUUCAACAUGAUAAACGCCUCAUUAAAGUCAGAGCCAAUAAAUAUGUCAGUAAUCGACUGUUAUUGUUUUCAAGGGCUGAUACCAGUAUUGAUUAUUAGAAUAUUGAUUAUUAGAGGUGAGUGAGUCCAGUACCUGGGGAUGCCCAUUAUUAUGAUCAGAGAAGUGUCAGUGAAGUGACUCUGCUGACCUGAAUUUGAGUCUCUGUCUGGGUGAGAGAGUGAGGUGUUUCUGACGCACUUCUAGUCCAAUCCAGUGUCCAAUCCACGGCUGCUGUUGGAUUAUAUUUUUGACAUUUACUGAUUUACUGAAAAACAAACAAAUACGUCCAAAUUACGACGAUGGUGAUGUACGUGACGAGGGGGAGUGGUGUCGGAGAUUAGCGAUAAAAACCGUGAGCUCUGAGUCCUCUUGUAGGAUUUACCUGAAGCGCCCCCUUGUGGUGACUGUGACAAAACAAAACCUAAAAAAUAAUCUCGAUAAACUGGCUCAUAUAAUAAGUAUCAGCAGGUAAUAGUUUACAUCAACGACAGAUCUGAACUGUUUUUGCUGAUCAAAUAUCAGCUCCUUUGCCGUCAGCUGACCUCUUCAUGAAAAGGUCAAUUUAAAGGUCCAUUUCACUUUUUUGUGUGUGUGUGUCCCUGAAGCUGAGUGUCCGAAGCCUGAAGGAGGAGAAAACAUCGUCCUCACAGAUGACGCUCUGCUGAAGAACCAUUAUGAGGAGAAUUCUGAAGUCACAUUAGAGUGUGGGAAUGGAUAUGAGACAGAGAGCGGCUCCGGAGUCAUCACCUGUAUCGAUGAGAAGUGGUCUGAACCAGAUCUCAUCUGCAGAAGUGAGUCUUACUUCUAUGAGACGCUCUCAUGUCGCUGACGAACAGCUUUGUCCGGUAAAUACGGGGUGAAUGAUCGGGUAGAAAUCCUGUUUUUCUUCCUUUUUCACAGAGAAGGACUGCGGUGCCCCUAAGCCUCAGCCGAGUAUGACCUUUGACAUGAGCGGCGGGACUCUGUUUGGAGCUUUGAUCAGAGUCAUUUGUGAUAAAGGGUGAGUAUUAAACAGAAAAUGAAAUGUUGAAAGUGAAAUGAACAGGUCUACAGGUUUAUUUAUCUAUGUAGAGGUCAGAAUCUAGAUUAAAACGCUCCCUUGUUCACCCCUCCCACUGGGGAAACUCCUGAACUGACUCUCGCCUUAGCGAACAGGAAGCUCCACGAUACACGUCAAAAUUAUUUUACAUUUGCCAAAAUUUUACCAUCAAAAAUUUCCAUCAAGACAAAAUCUUUUUCCCAAAACAACAACUCCUUCUCCAUCCUCUUCACCUCUUUACAGCCGGCAUGUAUGUCUGGUUUGUCCAUUCUGAGCUACCGUAGAAACACAGGGGAUAAAGAGAGCUUUAUGAUUUUAUGAUUUUAUUAUUUAGUAUUAUAUUAUUUUAUUGUUAUUGAGUACUUGAUGCCAGUGGUGACGGGGAUGCUCCAUACAAAUUUCAUAGUUAACUUUGUUUAACAAUGACAAUAAAUAACUUGAAUUUGAACUUGGGCUCCUCAUGUGAGGAUAAUAUGAUAUUAUAUAACCUUUCUCUUUCGGAAAGCCUACCUGGACUAAUUUUAUCUGAUUUUAUCUGCUGACUGUUUUUUUUGUUUUUGUUUUUUUUUUUUUUAUGUUGUAUGUUAUUUAUUGUUGCUUGGUAUUUACUAUUACUGUUGUCUUGUGCACUUUGAGAUUUGUUUUUAAAUGUAAAGUGCGUAAUAAAUAAAAUCUAUUAUUAUUAUUAUAAUUAAUAUAAUAUUAUAUAAUUAAUAUAAUACAUAUCAGUUAUCAAGAACAAGUAUUUUUAAUAAACAUUCUGAUGACGUCUGUUCUUCCAAAUUUCCCUAAAAACUACUUACUGUACCUUUAAUUUAGCUGAAAAGUCAACAUCGGGUGUCGGAUUUGUAAAAAGUAUAAAUGCAGACUUUGUCAGGUCUGUGUCUGCGUUCAGAGGAGCAGGUGUCUCAGCGGCGCGACUCCACUGACCACACACAUCCUGAGUCUGAAAUAAAGUCCAAAGGUUCUGAGUUUACUGCUCCACAAACAUCUGUCAGCGGAUAAUUUAGAACCACAGCAUCAGUCCAGGUGUUUGUGGAUGAAAAAGGUCCCUGAGGGAAAUAACGGAGUCUGAAAGACAAACAGAGAGAGUUACGUCAGAGUUUCACUGAUUACAAAUCUGGAUCUCUUUUCACUGACGGCAGAAGUUGUUGAUUCACGGUUCAUGACCACAAGCUGUAAGAAUUUAGGUUUCAUUCAUCAUCCUGUUUCAGUACAAACACCGCGCUCUAGUUUUGAUUUCUCCUCAAAUAAACUGUCCUGCGUGUUUUUUUCACACUUCAUCCACAGUUACCAGGUGAGCGGGUCGAGCUUCAAACAGUGCUACGCCUCCGGGUGGGUCGGAAGAACCCAAUGUGAAGGUAAAUAUGUCUCCAAAUAUAUGCUCAUUCAGAUUUUUGCAUGUGGAAAGUUUGUGAAAAACUCGUCUACCUCUUUUCUAGUGGUAACCUGUGACAAACCCGGUGAAGUGACCAAUGGCAGAAACUCCUGGGAUUCUGAAGAAGACCCAGAAUAUGAAGCGGUCAUCCAGUAUACGUGUGAUCCAGGAUUCAGUCUCACUGGGAACGCCACCAUCAGGUGCACCGAAACCGGGCUAUACGACUCUGAGCCUCCUGAAUGCCAAGGUGAGCGUUUGAAGACUGAAGCUGAAAACAUGUGGAGUGUGAAGUUUUAGGUGACCUGACAGGUAGUUUGUCAGCCUUGUACAGAAAAGAUUCACAUUCUUGAACGCUGCCUCUUUUUUCUGAAACAUUUGACUUUAGCGUAGCUGCAGUGAGACUCGUGUGAGAUCGGAAAAAAGCGAAGUGAACAUUUGUUACUGUAAUGUUUUAAUGCGAAACUACGAGCGACCUGCUCUGAGGGUUAAAACUGCAUCUAUGUCCCUCACAUUACCUGAACAUGUGGAGGGAAUAUCAGAACCAGCCAUGGCCCAAAAGGGUCGAAAUAAACCCAAAAGUCCAAGUGCGAGUUAAGAACAGCAGCUGGGCGUAAACGAAGCUGACCGAAUUCGUCAUUACGGCUACAACGAACUUUUUGAGUGGAAAUCAUACCGAGAUAACUGAGGACGGUUCUCGCUGUGCUCGGUUCAGGAGCAGCCAGUGUUGCUAAGUAACAAGUCUCUAUUGACUCUGUUUUGACUCGUCUUCAUAAAAUCUACAGACGGCAUGGUUAGAUUAAAAUGUGAGCUCUCAUGUCAGCCGCAGAGCAGGACACUGUUCUCACUGCACAACUGGAAAACAUGGACACAUGAAGUCAACAGCCGUCCAUAAGGAAACUCUAAAGCAGCUUUCUUAUUCCUGACAUAUGUGAAAGUUUUUCCUCAUGGACCGCUCAGAGCUGACAGCCUCAACAUUUAAGGACAGGAGACACGUCUGUGCUUCUCUCUGACACGCUGUCGUCGAGACAAAACCGCCUCAGUUAACUCAAUCAGGACUUAGACAACACCUGAAAAUCAGCUCAUUGUCAGAUUAACGGCCAAUCACGGAUCACUCUCUAUUACCUUAAUGUUUCUUUAUUGAUCAAUAAGAUGUUUGAUCAACAGCAUGUUUGUUUUUGUAAACGUAGACCUGCCGUAAAGACGACGUUCAGCUGGAACACAGACAGUCUCUAAAUGAGACUUAUGGUGGUGUCCAUCUGGUGUACUCAGCUCUAUACUCCGAGCUCUGCCUCAGGAAAAGUCAGUGCCAGGAAUCUAUCAGUUUAUCGCUCAAUUUCUACUUGGUAUCUUUCACCUCAAGGCCAUCCUGCCUCCCACUCAGAGCUCACUGUCGAAUCCCAGAAAUGAAAAUGUUACGAAGAGGCUCUAAAUCUCCGAGAGACGAUUUUCAUGCUGGGAUGAAAUUCAAAACAGACGCUGCCUGGAAUGUUAUCUGUAAAAAAGCUGUUCUGCUUUGACUGCUUUCAUGUAAUGUGUGUUAUCUAGUAACGGGGUCAGACAUGCAGGUGUGAUCUCCACAUUCCAACUCUGUCCAAUCAGCAGCAAGUGCGCUCUCAUGAAUCUGUAAUAUACGGUAUAUGAUUGUAGCUGUGGGCUGGCAUGAGAUUCAGAUGGUGUGAUGACCUGGAACAAUAACGUCAAAGUUUCACAGUUUUAAAAUUUUAGCUCUAAAUUAUUAAAUAUCUUAAACUCUGGCUUUUAAAAAUAUGGAGCACAAUCUUUUUCUUUUUUAAAUGACGAAUGAAUCCUUGGAAACGAGUGAAAAUUAUUAAAAUGAAGCAUUAAUUAAAACAAAUCAUUUAGAUAUGCUUACAAUCUUACUGCUGCUAAAAGUGAUCUAAAAUAAUAUCAUGAGUGUUUUGGCAGUGAUGCACAAUAAAAUAUCAACAAACAUCAAGUUAGCUUUGUUAAGCCCCGCCCCUUCUAGUUUUUGAUUGGCUAACUGGAGCACCACGUCAAACAGUAAAGGCUAGCACGAGCAAAAUAUAUCCAAAAUAAAAAACUAUUAUAUAUAUAUAUAUAUAUUUAUAUAUAUAUAUAUAUAUAUAUAUAUAUAUAUUUAUAUAUAUAUAUAAAUGAAUUUUUAAAAAUAAAUAAAUAAAAAUAAUAAAUUUUAAAAAAGGAUUAAAAUAAUAAAUUAAAAUAAAUUAAUAAAUUAAAAUAUAUAUUAAAAAAUAAAAAAAAAUUUUUUAAAAACAAUAAAAUAAAAUAAACCCUAAAUAAACACUCGGAGUACCCUGAGUACUGUGAAUUUACAAGCAGCUCAUUACGCUUCGACGUCUUUCAGGAAAGUCAUUCAAAGAAAAAAGCUAAAUGGACUUUUGUAAUGUGCGAGCAAACCGCGGCUAACAAGCCACCUGAGCGUUUCCAUGCGAAGUCCUCUUUCUUUUUCAACCAGGUAUGAGUGACGUACGAGGGCCGACCAUGUGAUUUCAUAGACAGACUUUAUCAAAACUGCCGUACACACAUUGGUAACAGCCACCGUUUUCUAACUGCGGCCACUUACCUCUGAUUUCCGCCCACGGGGGAAACUCAACUUAACGUACAAACAAAUGAUAACAGCAGGAUUUAGAAGUCCGACUCUGUAACACCAUCUAAGCUCAGUGUUUGAUAUAAACUAGCACAGCAGGAAACUAGAGCAAUACUCACAGUGUACACAUAAGCCUACUGCACUUCUUGUUGCUAUGGCGUUGCUAAGGAAACUCAGCACUGCACACAGUUGGCAUGCUCAAACAAAAUCACUUAAAGCUCUCCUACAGACUCCUCUUAAGACUCUUUGUGGAGAAGUGCCUCAAACUUUGGACCAUUUUUAGACUCUUCUCUUGUCUGCGCUCACUCCGUGUGUUUGUGUUCUAACUUUAACACUAAUCCUCCUCUAAACAGCUUAACACUUUUAUAAAUAAUGUGUCUUUAUCGUGUUUUAAUGGGGAAAAAACAGAAGUUUCAUAUGACUUCUCAAGGAUGUUAAAGUAAAUAAUCCCAUCAGUUUUAUUCCCUGAAUUGUGUAAAAAGAAGUAUCCUGCUGAUACAAACCCUCACCUCCAUAUUCAUGCAUGCUCUUUGUCAGUUCCUCUCAAAUCACCGAUAAAAGUGAUUUAGUUUAAAUCUUGGAAUAUUUAGUCGUGUUUUUAAUAUCUGCAGGUGUUAAAGCUGAUGAUAAAACCACGACAGUCACGGUAACACACAGACCCACAACUCCAACACAAGGUAUAAAGACAUUUUGACAUGUGCAGAAAUAAGUGAGUUAUUCAAAUGCAUGACAAACUUCACUUUUACUGCCCCUGCUGCUUUUAAGAAAAACUGUCUUCAUAGAUGGUGGAAAAAUGAUCACAACUGUCGCACCUCUAAAAGCCACAGAACACCAGGACACAGAUGAUGCAGGCAGUCUAACAACAACGACACCAACCGUCCCACCGGCACCACAAGGUACAGAACACAGUUAGUGUGACAUGAAGUAUAAAAUCAGUGAGACACAUGGAGACGUGCGUGGAUCAUGUGCAUGCUGCAUGGAGACAGUUGAAAGAGACUUAAAGUUAUUCUGUGUUAUAUUGUGAUUAUUCAUCCAGGAAGCAGAGACAUAAUGACAGCUGAGGAGAAAACGACACCGACCGCUGUUAAAUCAACAACUGCAUUACAAGGUAUCAGACGACUGACGAGAAGCAGAAAUGUUCAAAAGCUCUUUCCAUUUGGGAUUUUGAUGAUUACAAGGUUCGGUUUAAUAACAGACUUCUGCCUCUGACAGUUUGAGAGGACUCAGACUCCACUUUGAGAUGGACCUUUAAACUUUAGUCCAGCUUUAGUUCCUUUUGGCCCGUUUGGUCUUUAAUACAGAGGGAGAUGAAAAGGAGUGGAAAUUAAAAAUAGGAUUUAAUUGAACAGUAUUGACUCUCCAGUGUUAAACUAACAAAGUCAUGCAUGAGGAUAAAGAGGAUACAGAGUCCUCUCUGGUCCAGUCUAAACCUCCACAGUCCAGGUUCAGGGACUCUGUGUUUAAGAUUGGACCAGAAGACGGGCCAACAUAGACCAACAUAGACCAACAUAGACCAGUUCUCCUGUUUGAAUCAGGCUGUAAACAUGGUAAUUCUGCUCUUCAGACGAACACUUUAACAUGGGCUCCAAUGGGGAUUCAUUGACUUUUGGGGGCGACCCCAAGAGGAUCCUGGAGGUACUGCAGUCUCUGAAGGCUAAAACAUCCAGGAUCAGUGUAUUCGGAGCGUAACGGCAGCGGCGUCUCGUAUCAAACAGCAAACAGGUUUCUAUUCUAAUCAAAGCAGCAGAACAGGACGCGUCUCAGCUCCGUCGCAGCGUCGUAUCAGAGCAGCUCUGCUAAAGAUACGCGGCGAGUAGAUUUUUGCUGCUCUACGCUUCCAACGCGCGUCAAUCCACACAGAGAAGAUCGUUCUAGACAGGAAGUCAAGCAGGAAUACCGCGCAUGUCAUCCGGUAUUUCAAAAUAAAAGACCAUCUGUGAACUCCUGACUGUGUAUCAGUUGGUGUAGAUGAGAAACCCUUCCUGGUUCUGGAUUUAUCAGUAACAGAACAAUCCGAUGGUCGGUCCCUGAUCCAUGUGGACCAGAAAGGAACAGAGUUUACUUUAUUAAACACCAGGAAACCUGCAAAAACACAAACUGGAAAAUCACUUACAGCUUUUUCACAGACAGUCGAGGAUCAACAGUCACUGAAUUAUAUCAGAAUUAUCAGGAGAUCGACCACAGAGAGGAAAAACCACCUGCUGUGAGCGUGUCGUUUCACUACGCUCCAAAUACGAUGAUCCUGGAUGAGAUACUCACGCUGCUCUACGGAGAAAAUAUGGAACAACGAGCUCAAUACGGAUCCUGGAGGUUUUGGGCUUCACAGUUCUUCAGGAUCGGCCUCGUUCCUCAUCAGGUUCCUGCUUGGUCAGAAUCUAUAAUCACUGUUUGUGUAUUUGAGCACAGAGUGUGUAGUCAAGCACAUCAUGUUUCCAGGCAACCUGUGAUGUCCUGACCGUGUGCCGUACAGCCCUAAGACUCAGUGGAGGAGUCGGCCAUGUCUUAAUAGGUCAGGGGUUCAACCUCAGGUCCCGCUGUCCACACGCCAAAGUGUACUUGGACGAGAUCAUUAACCCCACCCGCCCCCCUGCUGGCUGUACGUGAAUGGGAUUAGUCCAAACUGAUGGGUUUAUAUAGCAGGCUCUGCCUUCAGUGUGUGAAUGUGUCAUGUGACCUGAGAGCGCUGUAAGAAAAACAGCCGGAGUGAAAGUGCAAAAAAGUGCAGUUCCCCAAGUGUCCACUGGAGGCCGGCUUCAAAAGUCGAGGAGUCCUCAUGGUAGCCCAUGUUACAGAGUUGAUUCCAACAGCUGAGUGAAACAUGUUCACAAACCUGGUAAAAAUAAAAAAAUACACAGUUAUGAACCUGAAACUGAUUCUUUAUAUUUCUUAACUCUUUUAGUUUGAUUGUAUUAAAGUGAAGCUAACUCUUAACUGGGUUAACUGGGUUAACUGGGUUAACUGGGUUAACUGGGUUAACUGUGAAGUGGGGCCACUGUAGCUCUUUGGCAGGUGGUCGGGCCGUCGCCCCGCCUCCACCUCUUUGCCAAGAUUCAGUUGGAGUCAGCUGUUCCAAUAUGGCGUCAACCAUCUGUGACCUUUGUACCCCCUCAUCAGAAACCAACAGGAGGUAUCCCUGAGAGCACGUCCAUGUUUGAUACAGACGCUGGUCCUCACACCUCCGUUUUAUACCUCCUCUAUCCCAUCCACUCACACUGAACACUCGCUGAUGUUGUUGAAGACGGUUCGUGUUCAGAGGGUUCAGGUCUUCAUGAUCUGGAUCAGGAGUCUGUGCAUCUUAACCUGAUGAUAGCCUGACGUUUUGGGAUUUACACUUCUUUUAUGUGAAAUGUUUGAGCAUCACUCUUUUAGUGUUUUUUUUCUGGUUGGUUCUUGGCGCUCAGCAGUUGCUAGGCAACCAAGCGGAGAAUCCAGUAAGGUCGACCUCACAGCUGAGAUGUUAUCUGGCGAAUCAGCCCGCGUGUAACUGAGAGAGAGAAAACAAAGAAGAGGACGUGCUGAUUUGUGACCCCUCUGAUGUAGUCGAGCUGUUUGAUUUGAUUUAUUGAGUUUUUUAGUUCAGAUAAACAAACAGCUGCUGGUUAUUCCUCCAUAUUUAACAGACACCUGUUCAUAUAUGAAGCUCCAUCUGCUCAAUAAUCCUCCAAAGAGAGAGAAGAAGUGUUCAUCCCAAAUGUCAAACUAUAAUAUAUUAACACACGAAUUAACGCCUCUUAGUUUCCUUUUAGGUUGUUGUUUGUAAAGCUGAUAAUAAUGUUUUUUUCAAGAGUAAAAUCAACGAUUCAGCAGGUACUGUGGAGGGUUUCAAAGGUUAAAUAAGAUGUUUUUCAAACUUCAUAUCCACCACCUCAGUGAUUCUGUUUUAUACUUUCAGAUCAACACAAUGCAACUUUGGAUAAAACCGCGCCGGGUGUUGGUGAGUUACUGAGCCUCAACACUUGAACUUGGUCUUGUUGUUGUUGUUGCUGUUCUGACACUGACCCUGGAUCUGUCUUUUUAGGAUACCUACCCGUCAUAAUCAGUGUGAUAAGCGUUUCUUUGGGUAAAGUCUUUUUGUUGUUGAUUAUUUGAGUUUCAUUCUUCAUCUCACAGACAGACGUCUGUAAAUAUGUCUGUCUCUUUGUUCUCUGCAGCUGUGUGUUUAUGUCUUUUCGUCGUACAAAAGUUUCUAAUGAAGAAAAAAGGGUGAGUUUCAUAUUUGACUCCCUCCUCCUCUUUAAUGCAUGAACUCCUUCUUGAUUCUGCCUUUUCUCUUUGUGCUUCAUGGCUGUAGUGAGAUCUGUUUCUGUGCACAGACUCUUUUUUUUAAGAGUCACCUCUGCAGCUGCUCAGGUUCCUGGCUGAUUUUUAACAGUUUGAGGAAAUUCAGACGUCUAUAUAUCCGGGCUUAUGCAAAGGAAUGAGGGAAGUCAACAGGAAAUCCUUUAGUAAAACUGGCUGUGACAGAAAAAUGCAUGAGGGGGAACAUUCCUGCCGGACAAAUACAUCUCAUAAAUAAUGAGAUCAGUCAGUGAGGCGGCUCUGUUUGAGGUGGACCAACAACAGGCUUCACUAACAAACACUCACACUGUGGACUUACAGGAUGGACAUCUGGAUUUUCUUUUUGUCAUUCUGGGUCUCUGAUAUCAGAAUUAAUGGAAUUAUACCAACACAUGAAUGGUUAGGUGGAGUUAUCUCUGACCUUGUAGAUAUCUUUGAUGACAGCUGUGAAUGAGAAGGACAUUAUUGUGAUAUCUGCUUAUUUUGACUAUCAGAGGAAAUGAACUACAGAUCCCCCUGAAGAAAGUCCAGAUUGACUUUUUCUCUGUCUUCCUGUUAAAGACAUCUGAGAUCGGAGGAUGGUGUCGCUGUUUGAUUUUUGGUUUCUGUGUCUUUGCAGAAACAUCAGGCUGCUUUCAUAUAUUUCUCAUAUUUAUUAACGGAGUAAAGUUUCGCAAAGAUCCCCGCUCUGCAUGUCGAUCAGUGUUUGAUCAGUUUUGGAAACAGCAAAGGAAACAAAGUCACAUAAACCGAAAUAAAAACGUUUUCCCUAAAUCUGAUCAGGUUUCAUUUUUAGUAACAUUUUCAACUGGACAUGAUGAUAAAUUACAGUUUUUAAUAGAUGGUCCUGGUUUUCUCGGAGAGUCAGACUAAAGGGUUUCUUAAUGCCGAGUUUUAGAGUCGUAGAUGUGCUGCAGGUCUGCAGGUCUGCUCCGUCAGAGGGUGGUGCAGAGACUUAAAGAUCUUGUUUUCGAAGCACUUCUUCUAUCUUUUUGGCACCGUGGGUUUUAUUAUUUCGGACUGUGGGAAAGGGAAGCUGAGAGUCUUCACAGGUCUGAUGGAAAGUGGGAUUUUUCUGUGUUUGGUGAAAAUGGCGUCCAAGAGACACGAGAAGCUAGGUGGCGUUAUAACAAUGAUAGGCCGUAGACCAGGAGACCUUUUAGUUCUGAUAAGACAUCGAAACUCCUUAAACCUGCAAGUUAGUCCGUCUGAGCUCAGACCGGAUGUUCAACACAGAUGCAUGUUUUCCUUUGACACCCCUGAGAUCUCCUUUUUGGUUUCUGGUCUUGUUGUCAUGGUAGCGGUGUCUUGUAAACCUGUCAUCUCCCACUUUUUUCAAUCAAAUCUGGUAAAACUAACAAAAACUAUAACAUGCCGAUCACAUAAGUGCAGAAUUCUGACCUGACUCUGUCUUAUUUGACGACACUUCAGCUCAUAUGACACCAGAGAGGACCUGAAGCCGGAGUUAUUACAGUUCCAAAACCUGUAGAUUGCCUGCUUCACUCAGGUACUUUCCAACCUUCCUGUCCUUUUGUAGUUCUAGUGAUGGUUAUUAGUCUGAGAUAGUAAACAGCAUGUUGUUCUAGUGAUGGUUAUUGGUCUGAGAUAGUAGACAGCAUGUCAGUCAUUCUCUCGUCUUCCUUGUCCCUCUGCUCUGUGAAUGACGCUCUCUCUCUCUAAACCUUCUUCUUGAUUCCAGCUCUGGAAAUGGAACGGGCCUAUCUGUUGAGGAGCAUCUGUGAAGUGUGACAGACGCGCCGACAGAUUGUGGCGGUGCCUCUCUGAGUCGACGGCGAAGGGAGGGGGGCCUGACGUGGAGCGGAUACUGAGAUCUGCUGACUUCAGACUGAAUUCAAACCAACAAAGAUCCAAAAGCACUUUUUUAAGAGUAACUUUUUAUGACCACUCCUGUAAAUACUCUGUGCCACUUUAGCAUUAAUAUUUGUUAAAUAUUAUUUAUGAUGUAAACUGGAAUUAACACUUUUGUCCUUGUUUGAUGAAGAAUUACAAAACUAUUUAAAGUGUGAAGUUUUUUAAAGAUCCUGCAGUUUUGUUGUUUUUUUACUGUUGUGUUAUUUUGUUAAUACUGAGUGAUGGAAAAAAGGGGAUAGAUGAAACAAACAAUGAGCUCAAUUCAGUUUGGAGACUGUAAUGGCGUCUGAUAAAGAUACAAUCAGCUGCAUUCU